CACCUUUCCGUUGAGAAAGCUGGCAACUGACAAUAUCAGUCGGUGCAGGAGGUCGACCAGGACCAUUGUCCAAGACCUGGUCAGUAUGGAGCAUUCCGCUUGCGCAUACCUUUUACAUCUUGGAAUAAAAGAUUCGAAAGUCAAAUCAUCACAUCGUCGCAGCUCGGAGACGUUUUGAGGUCCGAACGAGGUGCAACACAUGCUUAGCAUGGGUCUCACCACCCUCGCAGACUGGCAGAUUGAGCCGACCUGCUGCCCUCUGUCAAAGUCAUCAGUCCGAAGUAAGGCGCGACAAGGUAUAAGAGCACCAGCCAUCCCACCAGACACAAUGUCACUGAAAAAAUCACAACACUCAGUUCUCACUAACAACAACAACCAAGCAACUCAUUCCAAUAGUCUGUAGACAUGGGCUUCUUUUUCAACAAGCCCGACGAUGUCGCAGGGUCGGCGACCACUGCUAUCCUCGUUGGUGCAUUCGUGGCCUUUGGUGGUGUGCUAUUCGGAUAUGACACAGGCACCAUCGGAGGUAUCCUUGCCAUGAAGUACUGGAGAAAACUCUUCUCGACCGGCUACAUCAAUCCCGGAGACAAUUUUCCAGAUGUCACAGCCUCACAGACUUCCGAGAUUGUCUCGAUUCUCUCUGCAGGCACUUUCUUUGGCGCACUUUUUUCGGCCCCACUGGCUGAUAUCAUCGGUCGUCGAUGGGCCAUGAUUUUCAAUUCCGGAGUGUUCACCCUGGGCGUUGUUCUUCAGACGGCUGCAACUGCAAUACCCAUGUUCGUAGCGGGGAGAUUCUUCGCUGGACUUGGAGUCGGUCUCCUUAGUGCCACGAUUCCUUUAUACCAAUCCGAGACGCUACCCAGGUGGAUUAGAGGUACAAUCGUCGGCUGCUAUCAGUGGGCCAUCACUUUUGGUCUGUUGCUCGCCGCAAUCGUCUUGAAUGCCACCAAGAAUCACAACAACACCGGUUGUUACCGAAUUCCUGUUGCCGUCCAAUUCGCCUUCGCCAUCAUCAUGGUCAUUGGGAUGAUCGUACUCCCCGAGACCCCGCGCUUCCUCAUCAAAAAGGGAGAUCUUGAAGCCGCGGCGCGAUCUCUGGGUCGGCUCCGCAAACUGCCUGUCGAUCAUCCUGAACUUCGCGAAGAGCUUGCCGAAAUUGUCGCAAACCACAACUACGAGAUGUCCAUUGGCAGUGCGUCAUACCUGGAGCUCAUCAGGAAUCCCAGUAUUCGAAAGCGACUUUUCACCGGUGCCUCGCUCCAGGCGCUUCAGCAGCUGACUGGUGUAAACUUCAUCUUUUACUACGGUACCUCAUAUUUUACCCACUCCGGGAUCAAGAACCCAUUCGUCAUCAGUAUGAUCACCAGUGUGGUCAAUGUCGUGGGCACCGCACCUGGGCUGCUUCUGGUCGAGAAGUGGGGUCGCCGUCCUCUUCUACUGGCCGGUGCAAUCGGCAUGAGCGUCUGCCAGCUCAUUGUCGCGAGUGUUGGCACGGCCUUGCCAGACAACCAAACCGCCAGCAAGGCGCUCAUUGCCUUUGUCUGCUUCUACAUCGUCUUCUUCGCCUCCACAUGGGGACCUUGUGCGUGGGUGGUCACAGGCGAGAUCUUCCCACUCAAGGCCCGAGCAAAGGGACUCAGUAUCACCACUGCCUCCAACUGGCUUCUCAACUGGGCCAUCGCCUAUGCCACUCCCUACCUCGUCAACGACGGGCCAGGCAAUGCCAACUUGGGGUCAAAGGUCUUUUUCAUCUGGGCUGCCUUUUGCUGCGUCUGUGUCGCCUUUGUCUACUUCUUCAUCUACGAGACAAAGGGCCUAUCGCUCGAGCAGGUGGACGAGCUCUAUGCCAAGGUAGACAAGGCUUGGGAGUCAAAAGGUUUUGUUCCAACCGUGCACUUUGCCGAAUUGGAAUCGGCCAUCGCACAAGAUGGACGCAAGAAAAGCCUGGCUGACCUGGAGCAAGACGUCACUCACAAGCGUGCGUCAAUGGUUGAAUAUUUGGGAGAGAAAUAAUUGCUUAGAUAUCUAUCAUGGCAUGCUUAUCAUUGCGUGGCGGGAAGUGAAUCUACAAAGGCAGAGGAGAGGAGAGGAAAGGGAUGAUCUGUGCAGACUUGGUCCAUACAGAGAGAUGGAAUUAGGCCUCAAAGGGAUGGUACAGUGGUAUAUAUAUUCAUUCCUCUGAGAAGACAUUCGUUUUUGUGCAGGCCAAUGACCCGAGGCAUUGUGGCAAAAGCGAAGGCCAGGGCCGGGGAACUGAAGUCUCCUUGACGGGGCCUUUCCCGGUGGAGCAAUAGACGGCUUUUCCCUUGAGGUUCAUUUGGUUUACAUGUUCCAAUGAUUCAUGAUUACAUGGGCUCGCAGCCAUCGCAGGCCCCGGUCAUUUUCAUGCCGAAGAGGAACUCAAGCUUGUGUUGUCGCAAAACACUAAUUCUCGCCUAAACCAUCGAGUCUCUCCCUAGAGCUAGUGUCUGUUCC